AUGACUACGAAUUUAGAAACUUACGAUGACUGGGAAACAUCGACGAAAACAUGCCCACGAGCAGAAAAUACAAGCUACAAAUUCACUAAGAUAGAAAAUCUACUGCAAGAACUUGUCUCACCAAAAUCAAACUGGAAGAAGUCGUAUCUGUCAACGAAGAAUACUAGCACAAAAUUGUCAACAACUCUUUCACAAUCUGAUUCUUCUUCUAAAAAACUUCAAUCUGCUAUCAAAAAGGAAAAUACUCGUAUAAAUAAUAUUCAAAGAAAAAAAUGA